UCACUGCACGCCUAUGUCGGCGGCUCCAACUGCAGACUUUGACUCCUCAAUCACACCGAUCGCCAGGGCGGGAGCUAUAGACGCCCUCGCCGCACAGCGCUGUGAAAGUCGCCAUUGCCCUGCGUUCGCGUAUCCCCGCUAAAGUUAGAUUUCUGCUGUGCUCCCCGACUACUUCUUGCUUGGAGAUAACCGCCACUCACACGCCUGCGGAGAUCGCUCGUGUCUCCCGAUUCGGCUUGACGACAAGUUCCGCUGCACGCGUCCGACUGGGGAUGGGGCUGCUUGCCGUUGGGACUCCGCUGGAGUGGCCAGAAGCCAAAAAGGUUGCCGGCCAUGUCCGAUCCUGGGGGAUAGAACAACUCCUUGCUAUAUGGCGGAAUGCAAAGGGGAAAGAGAGGGACGCCCUCCUUUGGGGAGACGAGGUCGAAUAUCUCGUAGUGUGCUACGACGAGGAGAACCGCAAGGUCCGACUUUCGCUGCGGCAGGCCGAUAUUCUGGCGGCUUUGGCCAAUGAUGAGAAGUUGCUGGAACAAGGCGGAGGCGUGCCUGAUGUGCAAAGGGGUCCCGAAAAGGAGGCUGAUACCACCGCUCCCGUCUUCCAUCCCGAAUUCGGACGCUUCAUGCUUGAAGCUACUCCUGGAAAACCUUGGGGAAUCGGAUUCAAAGAUCUCCUUAACGUCGAACCAAAUAUGAAGUGGAGACGCACCAUAGCCAAGGACCACAUGGCGAAGGAGGAAUAUCCAAUCACAUUGACCACCUUUCCGCGGCUCGGGUCACCCGAUUGCAUCGUGCCGUCCUACCCUGUCUCCGGCCCGAAAUUGCGGUCUCAGUACGUACCCGAUGAGAUUGCUAACCCGCACAUCCGCUUCCCGACUCUGGCAGCCAACAUUCGCUGGCGCAGAGGGAGGAAGGUCGAAAUCAAUGUGCCCGUUUUCAGGGACGAGAAUACUCCCUGGCCGUUCAAAGACCCUACAGUGAACUAUGAUCUCCAUCAGUGGCCCGAGGAUGAUGACGUCCGCAAUGGCGCCGCGAAGGAGAACCACAUUUACAUGGACGCCAUGGCCUUUGGCAUGGGCAGCUGCUGUCUGCAAAUUACCUUCCAAGCCAAGAAUAUUGAGGAGGGCCGCAAGAUGUAUGAUCAGCUCAGCCCUCUGGGCCCGAUUUUGCUCGCAUUGACUGCUGCUACUCCAAUUUACAAGGGCUUCCUAGCUGAUACUGACGUGCGGUGGAACCAAAUCAGCAGGGCUGUCGAUGACCGGACGCUAGAGGAACUUGGAGAAAAGCCUCUGAAGAAUGAUAGAUGGCGCGUGCCGAAGUCUCGUUACGCCUCCAACUCAACCUACAUCUCCCAAGAUCAGCGGCUACGCCCUGAUUACCUCGAUCCUGACCUGGUCAUUGACAAAGAUAUCAAGCAACGGCUACUAGACGGUGGCAUGGACGAUCUGUUAGCAACACACUUCGCCCACCUUUUCAUUCGCGACCCUAUUGUCGUCUUCGCUGAAGAUCUGAAAGAGCUCGAUCUCAACAAAGCCGAUCACUUCGAGAACCUGCAAUCUACGAACUGGCAGCACAUGCGCUUCAAGCCUCCACCGCCCGGCUCAGACACCGGCUGGCGAGUCGAGUUCAGGCCCAUGGAGAUCCAAAUCACCGACUUCGAGAAUGCAGCCUUCUCUAUCUUCAUCGUGCUAAUCACCCGCGCGAUUCUAUCUUUCAACCUCAACUUCUAUAUCCCUAUCAAGCGGGUCUCGGAGAACAUGGAAACGGCGCAUAUCCGCGACGCUGUGUCUACGCAGAAGUUCUGGUUUCGCAAGAAUCCCUUCAGUUCGCACCAGCCAUCCAAGAUGAAUGGCACCGGCGCAUCGACCCCGGCAGAGGGUAGCCGGCCACCGACGCCCUUCGGGCCCGUCGAAGACGAGUACGAAUUGAUGACCAUCAACGAGGUCAUCAAUGGGCAGCACUCUGGCGAAGGUGGCUUCCCCGGCCUCAUCCCGCUCGUGGAGUCCUACCUUAACAGCAUGAACGUCGACGUCGAGACGCGCUGCGAGCUUGCUCGGUAUCUCGAUCUGAUAAGGAAGCGUGCGGAUGGCACAUACUGGACUACUGCGAAGUGGAUUCGCCAUUUUGUGCGGUGCCACCCGGGAUACAAGAAGGACAGUGUCGUUGAUGAUGAGAUUUCGUAUGACCUUGUCAAGGCUGCCGAGCAGAUUACGAAGGCGGAGGGAAAGGACGGGUUGGGACGCGAGAUGCUCGGCAGGCAAAGGUAGACGCCAUUUAAAGUAAGAUAUUAAAAGAAGAGUUGGUGGACGAUGGGAGGAAAAAUGCGGCAUUUGUGGUUCCUUAGAAACAUUAUAGCAUAUAGAUAGCAUACUAAAUUAACGUCUGAUGAU